UAGAGUUGCAAUUGGUAUCGUUGCUGCCAACUACGCCGGUGUAUUUGCAAAUAGACGUGAGCUUGUAUUAACCGCUAUUUAUAGUCGUCAAAAAAGUACCAUGUCAGAUCCUUGUACUAACAGCAGCCAGGAAGCAAUUGCACGUUUGAGGGAAUUCGGAUAUGCAUUCAAUGAAGCUGGCGAACUACGCAAAAUAGAUGCAGCCAGCGGCAAGCCCGGUGAUCUGCCUUAUGAAUUUAAGAUAAGCGACAAUCCGGCUAUAAAUCAGGAGCAUUACGAACAACUAGCCAAUCAGAUACCCGACAUAAUAUAUGAGCUACUGGAAAAGAAUGGAUUAAAGAGGACCUAUGUACCCAUUGGAGAGCCCAUUGAGCGUUCCACUUUCGUCUUCACACAGCCUCAACCUCUGGCCCACUCGAAGAAGCUGCUUGUGCUCAUCCACGGCAGCGGCUAUGUUCUGGCAGGCCAAUGGGCAAGAAGAUUGAUUAUUAACAACUGUCUGGAGCAUGGAACACAGCUGCCAUAUAUACAACGCGCGCAGAAGCUGGGCUAUGAUAUACUCGUCACGAAUACGAAUGACACCACACGUAUAAUAAAGGGCAAGCGUACGCCUAUCAAAGGUGUAGACAAUUCCAUGAAUCAUGCCGCUUAUGUAUGGGAGCAUAUAAUCAUGCCAUCGCAACCUGAAAGUGUGGCCAUAGUGGCACAUAGCUUUGGUGGAUCUGUGUGCAGAGCUCUGGCGGAAAAGUUUACGAAAUUUUUCAAAGAAAAAGUAUAUGCCAUUGCGCUAACCGACGGCACAGUAGGUAAUCCGCCAGCUAGUUGUCAAAAAUACUUUCUAGAUGUAACCUGCAAUUGGGUCUCCAGCAAUGAGCCGCUUGACACCGAUCUAACACAUGGUGAUAAGGAUAAAAAUAUAACUUGCGUAUCUGCUGGACAUCCGGAGCACGAAUGGACCUCCUCUGCAGCCAUCGAAUCUGUCUUUAAGUUCCUAGAGCAAAAGCACCAGAAGUACGCAGAGGCCAAGCAGAUCUAAUCCGCCUAGUGUCAACUUGUUACUCACAUCAUCAAAUUUUCCAAUGUGAUGUGCACCAUCUCAUCAUCUAUGUGCAUGUGACACUUAUCCCUUUACCCUAAGGACCAACACAACCUAUCGAUUUGCAAUGCAUAAAUCAAAUGGCGUAGCAGCAUCCCACGACAAAACUCCCUCAUAACCCACUUGGAUAUGUCACAAACACUCGCAUCAAGGCAAUUUAAUUUGAUUUUCGGCACUUUGGCACAUUCCAUGUGAGUUAAUCAACUUGAUGGCUGAUGUAUCAUCGUUCACGAUAAAACAAAAGUGUUUCACAUGUCCGUCCAGUCAACAGGCAGCUAAAAAACAACUGACCCACGUCCCCACGGUCUAUGCUUAAAGUUGUUGGCUCGAUAAGAAUACAAUUUUACUGUUGGGGUUGCUGCAAAAAACCACAUCUUGUUUGGAUAUGGCGCCGGCUUUUCCCAGCUACCCCUGACCCUCGCACACGCAAACCACAUCGUGUCGUUUAACAGAAUGCGCCAUAAAAAAGCGUCCCUAGUGAAUUUGUUGUGCAUUGCAUACGCACAGAUUUCUGUCUGCAUUUUUGAUACACAUAAUUUAAGUACUUAUAGCUAAGCAGUUGAUUUCAGAAAUCCGAAACAAACUUAUAAUUGAAUAAUAUCAUUCUUAAAUAUUUGGUUUUUAUAAAUACUUUUACCGAACUGUCACGAUCUUUUAUAAUACGAAUUUCAG